AUGCCGCUUCCAUUCUUGGCAACGGUUGCUUUUGACGGGCUGCCGGCCUGGAUGCCGCAGCCCUGGACGGUAGCGCAGGCGGUAGGCUCCGUGGGUGCGCUGGCUGCGAUAAAAUACUACGCGAGCGGCGCAACAAACGACUCAGAGCGGAAGAUGCACGGCCGCGUGGUGCUGAUUACGGGCGGCACGUCGGGCAUUGGGGCGGUGGUGGCCUACGAGAUGGCACGCCGCGGGGCCAGCCUCGUGCUGCUGACAGCACAAGCACCAUCGGACCCGAUGGUGAUCGACUACAUUGGCGAGCUGCGCGAGCGAACCGACAACCAGCUCAUUUACGCAGAGCAGGCCGAUUUGGCAUCGCUGCACAGCAUCCGCACCUUUGCCACGCGCUGGAUCGACUCGCUGCCGCCGCGGCGCCUCGACAUGGUCAUCUUGUGCGCGGCCGUCGAACCGAUUCCGUUGUCGGGCGGCGCCCAAAGCCGUCUUCGUGGCGCCACCACGCCCGAGGGCAUCGAGGGUGCCUGGAUGGUCAACUACCUAGCAAACUUCCACCUGCUGGGACUUCUGAGCCCAGCGCUGCGGUCGCAGCCGUUUGACCGCGACGUGCGCGUCAUCAUCACCACCUGCUCGGCCUACAUUGGCGCUCCGCCUCUCAUGGCCGGUACUUUAUCGGAGUCUGAGCCGGUGAUAGGAGGGAAAGGCGGGAAAGGCGGAAAGGCAGAAAAGGCGACAGCAGCACCAACAGCGACUGUGGCCGAGUGGACGCCCAAGAGGGCGUACGCGCGCAGCAAGCUGGCGCUGAUGGUGUUUGCCCGCUCGUUCCAGAAGCACGUCGACGCGUACGAGCGGCCCGACAAGCUGCCCGGCAAUGUGCGCGUGCUGCUGGUCGACCCGGGUCUCUCGCGCACGCCGGGAAUGCGGCGCUGGUUGACGGGCGGCUCGCUGCUCUGGCUGGUGCUGGGCUACGUGCUGCUGUACCCGCUGUGGUGGCUGCUGGUGAAGAGCGCCGAUAUGGGGGCCCAGUCGGUGCUGUUUGCGUCUAUGGAGGCCCAGCUGCGGCGGCUGCAGGGGCUGGGCAGCGCUGGCGGCAGCGGCAGCGACGACAGCAGCGGCAACGCCAAGGUGGGCGAGCCGCUGGCGGCCGAGUUCGAAAACGACCUGAUCGCCGGUAAGAUUAUCAAGGAGUGCCGCCUGGUGGACGUGGCCCGGCGGGACGUCGGUGACGAGGCUGUGGCCAAGGCGCUGUGGGAGGAGAGCGACCGGCUGGUGGAGCAGACGGAGAAGCGGGCGGCCGCGCAGCGAAGGGCGGCACAACAGGCGGAAGAGGCGGCAAAGCAGGCGGAAGAGGCGGCCGCCAAGGCCAAGAAGGAGGCCGAAGCCGAGGCCGCACAGAAGAGCGAGAUUGCCGCGCUGGUGGACGCAAUCAAGAAGGGAAAGAAGCAGGCGGGCAAAGAGAAAGAGGCCGAGGCGAAAGCGACGGGCGCCGAGAGAAAAGACGAUAAGAAGACACGGAAAAGGGCCUGA